GGGGCGGUGACAGCACUUGGAAAGGAGGCUGCACGCGGAUUUGCAUGAAACACAGACUGGGAGCGGGCGGGAGCGGGAGCGCGGCGCACGCCCCGGGCCGGCCCAGCCAGCGAGCGAGCGAGCGAGCGGCGAGCCGGGAGGAGGAGGGUGGCGGGGCGGUGAGGCCGCAGAGGCGGAGGGAUCUGCGCAUCAAAGCUAGCGAGGCGAGCGAAGUUUGGACGGGGGUUGGACUUUCCUUCCCGGAGGCGGCACCCAAACAGCUACCCCGUGCGGAAACCCAAACUUCUGCUGCCACUUGGAGUCUCGCGGCCGCCGCCUCCGCCCCGCGUUCGGGGCCUUCCCGACCCGGCACUGCUGCCGUCCGCCCGCCCGGCCGCACUUCUCUUCGCCGUGGGAGCCGCUCCGGGCGCAGGGCCGCGCGCCGAGCCCCGCAGGCUGCAGCGCCGCGGCCCGGCCCGGCGCCCCGGCAACUUCGCCGAGAGUUGAGGCGAAGUUUGGGCGACCGUUGCAGGCCCCGGCCGAGCUCCCCUCUGCGCCCCCGGCGUGCCGUCGAGCCCAGCCCCGCCGGGGGCGCUCCUCGCCGCCCGCGCGCCCUCCCAGCCAUGUCGUCCAUCCUGCCUUUCACUCCCCCGAUCGUGAAGCGCCUGCUGGGCUGGAAGAAGGGCGAGCAGAACGGGCAGGAGGAGAAAUGGUGCGAGAAGGCGGUCAAGAGCCUGGUCAAGAAACUCAAGAAGACGGGGCAGCUGGACGAGCUGGAGAAGGCUAUCACCACGCAGAACGUCAACACCAAGUGCAUCACCAUCCCCAGGUCCCUGGAUGGCCGGUUGCAGGUGUCCCAUCGGAAGGGGCUCCCUCAUGUCAUCUACUGCCGCCUGUGGCGAUGGCCGGACCUGCACAGCCACCACGAGCUGCGGGCCAUGGAGCUGUGUGAGUUCGCCUUCAAUAUGAAGAAGGACGAGGUCUGCGUGAAUCCCUACCACUACCAGAGAGUAGAGACACCAGUUCUACCUCCUGUGUUGGUGCCACGCCACACAGAGAUCCCGGCCGAGUUCCCCCCACUGGACGACUACAGCCAUUCCAUCCCCGAAAACACUAACUUCCCCGCAGGCAUCGAGCCCCAGAGCAAUAUUCCAGAGACCCCACCCCCUGGCUACCUGAGUGAAGAUGGAGAAACCAGUGACCACCGGAUGAACCACAGCAUGGACGCAGGUUCUCCAAACCUAUCCCCGAAUCCGAUGUCCCCAGCACAUAAUAACUUGGACCUGCAGCCAGUUACUUACUGCGAGCCGGCCUUCUGGUGCUCCAUCUCCUACUACGAGCUGAACCAGCGCGUCGGGGAGACAUUCCACGCCUCGCAGCCAUCCAUGACUGUGGAUGGCUUCACCGACCCCUCCAAUUCGGAGCGCUUCUGCCUAGGGCUGCUCUCCAAUGUCAACAGGAAUGCAGCAGUGGAGCUGACGCGGAGACACAUCGGAAGAGGCGUGCGGCUCUACUACAUCGGAGGGGAGGUCUUCGCAGAGUGCCUCAGUGACAGCGCUAUUUUUGUCCAGUCUCCCAACUGUAACCAGCGCUAUGGCUGGCACCCGGCCACCGUCUGCAAGAUCCCACCAGGAUGCAACCUGAAGAUCUUCAACAACCAGGAGUUCGCUGCCCUCCUGGCCCAGUCCGUCAACCAGGGCUUUGAGGCUGUCUACCAGUUGACCCGAAUGUGCACCAUCCGAAUGAGCUUUGUCAAAGGCUGGGGAGCGGAGUACAGGAGACAGACUGUGACCAGUACCCCCUGCUGGAUCGAGCUGCACCUGAAUGGGCCUUUGCAGUGGCUUGACAAGGUCCUCACCCAGAUGGGCUCCCCAAGCAUCCGCUGUUCCAGUGUGUCUUAGAGACAUUAAGUGUGGUAGGGGAGGGCGGACUUGGGGAAAAUGGCCAUGCAGGAGGUGGAGAAAAUUGGAACUCUACUCAACCCAUUGUUGUCAAGGAAGAAGAAGUCUUUCUCCCUCAACUGAAGGGGUGCACUCACCUGUUUUCUGAAACACACGAGCAAACCCAGAGGUGGAUGUUAUGAACAGCUGUGUCUGCCAAACACAUUUACCCUUUGGCCCCACUUUGAAGGGCAAGAAAUGGCGUCUGCUCUGGUGGCUUAAGUGAGCAGAACAGGUAGUAUUACACCACCGGCCCCCUCCCCCCAGACUCCUUUUUUGAGUGACAGCUUUCUUCACAGCCCAACCAGAAACACCCCUCUGUCUAGGACUGCAGUGUGGAGUUCACCUUGGAAGAGCGUUCUAGGUAGGAAGAGCCCACAGGGCCAUGCAGACCUCAUGCCCAGCUCUCUGAUGCUUGUGACAGUGCCUCUUCCAGUGAACAUUCCCAGCCCAGCCCCACCACUCCAGCAGACCUUGCCCCUCGUGAGCUGGAUAGACUUGGGAUGGGGAGGGAGGGAGUUUGUCUGUCUCUCUCCCCUCUCAGAACAUACUGAUUGGAAGGUGCAUGUUCAGCAGAACCUGCACACAGGACAGCGGGAAAAAUUGAUGAGCGUCACUUCUUUAAAAACUCACUUACGUUUGUCCUUUUUCACUUUGAAAAGUUGGAAGGAUCUGCUGAGGCCCAGUGCGUAUGCAAUGUAUAGUGUCUAUUAUCACCUUAAUCUCAAAGAGAUUCGAAUGACGGUAAGUGUUCUCAUGAAGCAGGAGGCCCUUGUCGUGGGAUGGCAUUUGGUCUCAGGCAGCACCACACUGGGUGUGUCUCCAGUCAUCUGUAAGAGCUUGCUCCAGAUUCUGAUGCAUACGGCUAUAUUGGUUUAUGUAGUCAGUUGCAUUCAUUAAAUCAACUUUAUCAUAUGCUCUUUUAAAUGUUUGGUUUAUAUAUUUUCUUUAAAAAUCCUGGGCUGGCACAUUGACUAGGAAACCUGAGUGAGACCCAGCAACUGCUUCUCUCUCCUGAGGUAAAGCUUUUCCAGGUUUUGUUGAAGAGACACCUGCCAGCACUUCUGCAAGCUGAAAUUUACAGAAGCAAAUUCACCAGAAGGGAAACAUCUCAGGCCAACAUAGGCAAAUGAAAAGGGCUAUUAAAAUAUUUUUACACCUUUGAAAAUUGCAGGCUUGGUACAAAGAGGUCGGUCAUCUUCCCCCUGGGAUAUAAGAUGAUCUAGCUCCCGGUAGAGGAUCAUCAGUGACAACUAUAGCAGUUGUAUUGUGUAACAAGUACUGCUCCCAGCAGCAAUUAGGGAGAAAACUAUUCUAAAUUAUUUCAACUGGAAAAAAAGAAAAGAAAGUCCUCUUCUUUUCCCAGCCUUUUGCAGAACACAAUAGACAGAACUGCCACCUUCAAUUGGUACUUUAUUCUUUGCUGCUGUUUUUGUAUAAAAUGACCUAUCCCACGUUUUUGCAUGAAUUUAUAGCAGGAAAAAUCAAGGGAUUUCCUAUGGAAGUCCUGCUUUAUUCCAGGUGAAGGGAAGGAAGUGUAUAUACUUUUGGCAAGUUAUACACCUCAAAUGUGAUGAGAUUUCUGAUGUUAGAGGGAGAUGGAGAGGCUUCCUGAUGCCUCACCUGCAGGGGGUCCUGUGCCUCUGAAGUUCUAGCCAUGAGGUUUCCAGGUAGGACAGCUGCUCCCCAAGCCUCCUGAGGACACAGGAAGAGACAGAAGGAGCACCUUGACAGACUUGUGUGAGUCUUCUCGAAGGAGUAUUGACUCAGAACCGAGAGACAAUACAAAACCCCUCACUUCCUCUGAGAGGGCUAAAUACUGUGAGUCUGAAGUAUGUGCCUGGUGUGAAAUCAUCUGUGGCCUGUUUCUUAAACAGGAAGCCCCCUGAACCUCCUGUACAUGUGUUCAUGUUCCCAGCCAGCUCUGAGACCCAGGACACAAAUAUUCCAUUUUGGCUUCUGCUAGAGCAGUCAUGGUUCCUCUCCUAAAAGCCAUGGGCAGCAGUUUCCGAGGGUCCGCAUUCUCCACCUGCUGCACAAUCCUGUGAGGGCUUCCUGUGGCACACAGCCCUCUGGGUGCUUGGGAACUAGCUUCAGGCACAGCCCAAUGCUGGUGAUCCAGUGAUCUAUGGAAGUCCCGUCUUAUUCCAGGUGAAGGGGGAAAAAAAGCCUAUACUUUGGCAGGUUAUGAACUUUGAAUGUGAUGAAAUGACACGUUUGGCUGCAUUUGGAUGGUGUCUUAGAACUCUCAUUGCUCAGACCUGAAGGCUACUUGUAGGAGCAUGAAGUUUGAGUUUUGUGUUUUUUCCACAGGCUACUUCCUUGGCCCUUUUUCUUUAUAGACUAGACCACCAGAGGAGGAUGUGUGGGAUUGUAGGCAAACCCACCUGUGGCAUCACCGAAAAUAAAUUUGAUCAUACCUAAGAGGUUAGGAAAUGGUGCCAUUCCCACCUUAGAGCGCUACAUAGGUGCUUUGGGUGUAUGUAACAUUAGUGGCCUUCCUCGAAGCCACAAGCUAGUUUUCUUAGUUUUAAAAUCUUGGUGUAUGAAUGGCAUUUGUAUAUUAAAACACUUUUUUAAAGGACAGUUGAAAAGGGCAAGAGGAAACCAGGGCAGUUCUAGAGGAGUGCUGGUGACUGGAUAGCAGUUUUAAGUGGCGUUCAUCUAGGCAACACGACUGCGUGUGUUGCCCCUGCCCUGGGCUCCCCGCCAUGACAUCUUCACCUUGCAGCUUGUGCUGAGACUGACCCAAGUGUAGCUAGCACUGGGACAUAGAUCUUUGUCUUCAGCACCUUCCAAGGAGCCAACUUUUAUUCCCUUUCCUCUCUCCCCUCCCCACCUCGCUUCUUCCCAAUUUAGUAACUUAGAUCCUUCCAGCGCAUACGUAGGUAGCUACCCCAGCCGGUUUGGAUUACAGGCCUGUGCUGGAACAUCAUCUCAGUUGGCCACCUUCCUGGCAGGCUGUAGACCUGACAUUUUGAGACACGCCUAGAGUCAGGAGCAGGGACUUUGACUCUUAGGAAGAGCACACAUGAGGGCAAGGCUGCUGGCAGACGUCUCCAUUGUCCUUAUGUUGUCUGUGUUGUAUUUUUUUAUUGACCAUGGUGAUUAUUUUUUUAAAUGAUUGUUAAUAUACUGAAGUGAGCUAUAGCACAUAUCAUGUGCUUAGUUUGUUUUAUUUUUCUCCGUCUCCCCUUGGCUUCCUAGAGUUUGGACAUAUUCCAGGCUAAAUGCUUUUACUCAAGACUACAGAAAGGUUUGAAGUAGUGUGUGCAUGGCAUGCACGUAUGUAAGUAAUCUGGGGAAGAAGCAAAGAUCUGUUUCAUUCUUAGCCUCAGGCCUCAUGAGGGUCUCCACAGGGCCAGAGCUCAGGUUACACCACUCCAUUGUCCUUACAGGAGAUGUAGGGAGAAGAAUCUGCAGGCUGCUUGUAGGACUGUUCACCAAGGGGGAUACCAGCAGCAAGAGAGGGCACACGUUUAGCCCUGGACCCUGUUUCUUACUGUGUGACUUGGCUAGAGUUGGGAGUUCCUCCAAAAUAUACGUGUCCCCAUUUUACCAGAACCAAACCUCAACACAGCGAAGCUGUACUGUCUUUGUAUGGCAAAAAUGUUCCCUUGUAGGCCCCUUUCAGGUAACAGUCUUCACAAUGUGUUUUCAUCACGGUUUAAGGAGCAUCAGCCACUUCUCAAGUGGGUAGGGAAAGCAGAAAAACGUACGUAAGAGGACGUGGAUCCAAAAUGAUGAUGAAGCAUCUCCCAUGGGGAGGUGUUGGUGGGGAGAUGAUGGACUAAACAGGCAACUUUUCAAAAACACAGCUAUCAUAGAAAAGAAACUUGCCUCAUGUAAACUGGAUUGAGAAAUUCUCAGUGAUUCUGUAAUGGAUUUUUUUUUAAAUGCAGAAGUAAUGUAUACUCUAGUAUUCUGGUGUUUUUAUAUUUAUGUAAUAAUUUCUUAAAACCAUUCAGACAGAUAACUAUUUAAUUUUUUUUAAGAAAGUUGGAAAGGUCUCUCCUCCCAAGGACAGUGGCUGGAAGAGUUGGGGCACAGCCAGUUCUGAAUGUUGGUGGAGGGUGUAGUGGCUUUUUGGCUCAGCAUCCAGAAACACCAAACCAGGCUGGCUAAACAAGUGGCUGCAUGUAAAAACAGACAGCUCUGAGUCAAAUCUGGGCCCUUCCACAAGGGUCCUCUGAACCAAGCCCCACUCCCGUGCUAGGGGUGAAAGCAUUACAGAGAGAUGGAGCCAUCUAUCCAAGAAGCCUUCACUCACCUUCACUGCUGCUGUUGUAACUCGGCUGUUCUGGACUCUUACUUUGAUGUGUGUGGAGGGAUGGGGAAUAGAACAUUGACUAUGUUGAUUACCUUCACUAUUCAGCCAGCCUGACCUUUUAAUAACUUUGUAAAAAGCAUGUAUGUAUUUAUAGUGUUUUAGAUUUUUCUAACUUUUAUAUCUUCAAAGCAGAGCACCUGUUUAAGCAUUGUACCCCUAUCGUUAAAAGAUUUGUGUCCUCGUUCCCUCUCUUCCUCUUGUAAGUGCCCUUCUAAUAAACUUUUCAUGGAAAAGCUCCUGUGCCAGGAGCUCGGUCUGA